AUGGGGAAGGGCCGUCUCGGCGCCGUCAAUGGCGGCCGCGCGGCGCCGGACAUAAAGAACAAGAUCAAGCGCCAGCAAGUCUACCACAAGCUCAAGCGCGAGGGCGGCAAGGCCCAGCGCAAGGCGCGCGCGCUCCGGCAGAAGGAGGCGGAGGCGCUAGGCGAGGCGGCGCCGGCGCACGUGCAGCGCACGCUGGACAACACGCGCGAGGCGGACGACACGAUGGUCCAGCCGGGUGACGAGGAGGUCGCCGCGGAAGACUCGUUCGACGAGUUCUCCGCCCACUUCUCUGGGGACGUGCCGCCGCGCACGCUCGUGACCACCGGGCGAUAUCCGUCCGACAAGCUGCUCGGCUUCAUGGAGGAGAUGGUGACGCUGCUUCCGAACUGCGAGUACCGCCAGCGCGGCGCGGUGCCGCUCAAGCAGCUUGUCGACGCGUGCAACGAGCGCGGCUUCACCUCGCUCCUCGUCUUCACCGAAAACAAGGAGAAGAAGCCGCAAUCGCUCUGGCUGGUCAAGCUGCCGUACGGGCCGACGGCGCGCUUCAAGGUCUCGUCGCUCGUCCUGCCCAAGCGCAUCGCUGGGCAUGGCCGUCCGACUGCCCACCGACCGGAGCUCAUCCUCAACAGCUUUGGCACCCGCCUCGGGCACCGGCUCGGACGGAUGCUGGCGCGCCGAACCCCCCCC